AUGUCUAAUUGGAGUUCCGAUCAAGAAGUUGAUGAUAUUGUAGAAGAGGAAGUUGAUAGUAUAGUGGAGGAGAUCCAAUACAACUACACUCACCCAGAUGUACCACUAGCUCCAAUAAUUCGAAGAGUGCACAUUGAGAGAGACCGCGAAGAAGGCCACACUCGGUUGUGGAAUGAUUAUUUUAGUGAUAAUCUGACUUACACAAACGCUAUGUUCCAUCGUCGCUUUAGAAUGAACAAACCAUUGUUCCUUCGUAUUGUUACCGCUAUUGAGAAUGGAGUCCCAUACUUCAGACAAAGGCGAGAUGCUACUGGAAGGCUUGGUCUUUCUGCACUUCAAAAAUGUACGUAA